AGCAGCCCCACUACUUCGACCAGUGGAUCAGGCCAAGGUAUCAAAGUCCCCGAGGAAGAAAUCGCCGCAGACAGUCGGUUUCUUCCUUCCGAAAAGAUCUAGACUGCGAAAAUGAAAGUGUUAAUUUUCGCUGCUGUUGCGGCGUUCUGCGUCCAAUUGGCACUCACUGCCACCACCACCAAUGAACACAAUAAGGUAGUGUGCUAUUGGAACAGCUCGGCCUUCGAUCGACAAGGACCAGGAAAGUUCCAGUUAGAUGAUGUUCGCUCAGCCCUGUCUCUCUGCACACAUUUGAUUUAUGGAUUCGCAGGGAUCAAUGCAGAAACUUUUGAAGUUGUGCCUUUAAAUCCAUCUUUGGAUACAGGAGCUGGUUAUUCCUAUUACAAACUUACUACUCAACUGAAAAGGUCCUUCCCAGAGUUGAAGAUCUACCUUAGUAUCGGUGGCAAUGCUGAUCCAGAGGAUGGAACUCAUAAGUAUCUUGUCCUUACUGAGACACCAGAAUCAAGGUCUAAGUUCAUCAACUCUAUAAACCGUCUUCUCAACGACUACGACUUUGAUGGAAUCGACUUGGCCUGGCAAUUCCCACCAGCAAAAGUCAAGAAACAACGUGGUGUUCUAGGAUCAGUCAAGCACGGUUUCUUGAAGUUUUUCGGUUAUGGUAAAUUCAAGGAUGACAAGGAACAGGAGCAUCGUGACGGUUUCACCAUUCUAGUCCGUGAUCUGAAAGCUCAGCUUAGGCCAAGAAUGAAGGGUUUGUCGGUCGCUGUACUUCCUCAUGUCAACAGUAGCAUUUACUUUGACGCCAGAUUGUUGGCACCCAAUAUCGACGCUGUGCACUUGUUCGCAUUCGAUCAGAAGACACCAGAGCGUAAUCCACAGGAAGCUGACUACCCAGCACCCAUUUACGAGAGCUAUGGACGCGUGCCUGAAGACAACAUUGAUUCUCCUACCAGUAUUAAUUCUACUUCAAGGUAUUGGCUCGAGAAUGGUACACCUGGAUACAAGAUCGUCGUGGGAAUCCCAACCUUCGCUCGCACGUGGAAGCUCACGUCGGACAGUCAAAUAUCAGGGGUGCCACCUAUCGUCACUGAUGGUCCAGGUGCUGAAGGGCCACACACCAAUACCCCUGGACUCCUUUCGUACGCUGAAGUCUGUUCCAGGCUGACAGAAUCUGCUGUGGGUCGGUUGAGACGCGUUGGUGACCCGAAACAUAAGUAUGGUAGCUAUGCCUUCCAACCUUACAACGAGGAAACUGGCGCCGAUGGUAUCUGGGUUGGUUACGAGGACCCUGACUCAGCUGGUAACAAGGCUAGCUAUGUUAAAGCCAAAGGUUUGGGUGGUGUGGCCAUAUACGAUUUGUCUUUGGACGACUUCCGUGGUGUCUGCACUGGAGAUAAAUACCCCAUAAUCAGAGGUGCUAAAUACAAGCUGUAAGGAGCUGUCACAGACUGUUGAAUGGA